GUCUCCCGGCAUGCCGCGCUGCAGCGACGCUCCGCGUUGAAGAGGCGAAACUGCAGCCUCUGACCCACAUGUGGCCGGACGGCUUCAAAUCUACAGCUAUUACAAGCACAAGUGCCGAUGAAAGUUCGCGAAAAGUGCGUGUUUUUGUGCUGACGAGCGUGCUGCGUGCUCGUAUAUGACCUGAGGCCUGUGGCGGUAAGCGCGCGGAGUCUCAGAGCAGCUGUGACCUGGAGCCAAAGAUGCAAGAGGGGCCAGGAAAGGGUGGACAAAGCUUGGAGGAUGAGGCAGCCCAACGCUGUCCUAUCUGUCUGAAUCAACCCAGGCAGGCAGAUAGAGCUGUACCGGACGGCUGCACGCAUGUUUACUGCUCCGCCUGUAUUCUCCGCUGGGCGCAGAUGGUUCAGUCCUGCCCAGUGGAUCGCAGACCCAUCAGUAUGAUCUACCUGCAGGGCUCCUCGCAGCAGUGCAUCAAGCUUCCUGUGAAGGUGCCCCAGCUGUCAGAGUCGCACAUGUGCAGUGGUCAAGACGCUCAAAAGAUGUGUCAUGUCUCUGUAGAAGAGACAGAAGAAACCAAGAGACUGCAAAAGAAAAAACUUCAUGCCAAACAGAAACGCCACAAUCGAAUAUGUCACUCGGAAGCAUUUGUGAAUAAAAACAGAAAGAUGAGUGGAAACUCAUGUCAUGCUCUCCAGCGCUCUCAACAUUUUCACUCAUCACUGCCCAGCCAACAGGGUUCGACAGUCGGUACUGUGACUCAUAUCAUAACUGAAUCUGUUGAGCUUUGUGAGGAGUUGUCGGAUGACAUCCAGUGGAGGAGAUUGCAGAGGAAAAACCGAUGGUUACCUGCCUCUGCACCUGCCCCCUCAACAGGUCUACUUGGGGUAUCCCUGCGUUCACACCUGCUUCUGUCAGCUGUCUCUGCGUCUCUCAAUCUUCUGCUAUCAGAAAACUCAGUUCCUUUCGGCAGAGUUUGUGCCGUCACAUGUCCCAAAGGUGAGGAGAGAAAGGGGAGCAGAGGUUCUGGGUCAAAGAGCUCAGCAAAACCAGCAGAAGCUGUUGCGACAAGACGCUCCUCUCGUCACAGUCGCUCCGAGACUGAGGAUACUGCUGCUGAGCAAUCCCAGGCAACAGAUUCAGAUACGUCGUCUUCAACCAACCAUUCGACUACAUCACAAACCGUAAACGAAACAAGUGCUUCUUCGAGUGAGGGCCAGCAAGAGAGCAAUGAAAGAGUGAAGACAAAAGAUGAUCCAGUGGAGAGACAAGAAGAGGAGCAGAAAACCGAGCCUGAGAAUCAUGAAGAUGAUGAAGUAUUAAAGGAAGAAGAAUCAGAAGAAACGGAAGCAGACCAGGAACCUAAAGAAGAUGAGACUUCUGAUCAGGCCAAUAAUGAUCCAGAACCAGCAGAUCCAGAGCAGAAGAUGGAGAAGGCGAAUGAGAAGAGUUCGGAUGAGAAUGAAUGUGUUUUCACUGAUGCUAAUCACCAUGAAAAAGAAACGACCACAAUGGAGGAAAAGGCCAGCAUGAAUACUGUUGAUCAUGAAGACAAUCAGAAACUUUCACCCGAUGACAUGACAAAAUGUGAUGAAGUCCAAGCAGCAAAGGAGAUAGACAGUCCACCUCCUUUUGUUGCAGACCUGCAAAAGCUUGGUUCUCAAAACGUUGAACCAACAGCAUAUGCUUCAAACAAGAUCACUGACUUGGAACAUGAGUCUGAGACCACAGCAGAAAACACAGAUAAAGGUCUCGCACAAGAGUCUAGCAGCUGUCCUUCGAAGUCUCCCAACCAGCUGGAUAAUAGCACCGGUCCAUCAGAUCAACAACUCCCACAAGUUAUUGCCACCUCUUUAGAGACAAUAGACACUAAUGCAGGAACCCAUCAAGACAAUACUGACCUCAUUCCCAUGGAGUGUGAUUCACCUGCUUCCGUGAAUGAAGACCAUGUCAGACCACAUGAGAUGGUUUCCAGCGUCAACGUGCCUCAGCAGCCCAGUCGAGAGCCUGUGCACAAGUCUGAAUCAUGUAAGGAGCCGAAAGGCUCAGACAAGAGAGAUGGACGUUCACGCCGGUCACGCUUUCAUUCGGCUACGACAACCUGGUCUCCUAGCAAGGAGUCUAGAAGUGAAGGGUCACGCAGAUCAAGAUCUCGAUCAAGAGAUAGAAGCAGCAAGACCCGAUCCACGUCAAGGAGCCGUGAGCAACAAGAGGAUGAGCGAGAUGGUAGACCAAACCAUAGCAGAGAACGCAGUCGUAGUAGAGAGCGGAGUCGCAGGCGAUGCAGUCGAAGUCGUUCGAGGUCCAGAACCAGAAACCGGACCGGACGCAGGAGCCCCUCUCAGGAGCGCUUGGACCAUGGCAGCCACUCUCCUCGGAAAAGGGAGUCUUGGGGUGGGGACGGUUGGCCGUCCGGAGGUGGUGAAAGAGGUUUUCGCAAUUCAAGCUGGAGAAACAAUUCAGAGAUGCCUAGUAAUUUCAAAGGAAGAGAGCCCAACUCAUCCAACAACGGCAGCUUCCACGAAGCGUCACCAGAUCGAGGCAGAAAUGAGAAUCCAGACUGGGUGAGGACUUGGACGGAUACUGAAACCAGAGGACGUGAGCCAAGGCGAGAUGAAAAUGUGGUUGAUCCACCUACAGAGUCCUGGUCACGGGGUGGCUGGAAUGUCGAGCAGGGUCAGCGUUCGGCAGGACGUGGCAGAGGUGCACAAUGGCCAUCCAGCCAGCAGGGGGAACAAGGAGAUAAUUGGAGGCAACGUACUUCUUUCUCAGGGACAGCUAAUAACACCGAUUCAUACAGUCGGUUUAAUGAAAACAGAGUUGGAACGAAAAGAAAAGAGCCUGAGGGCUCUGAUACACCAGUGGAUCGUUCAGGGUGGUCGACGGCAUCGAGCUGGGCCGUGCGCCGGACUCUUCCUGCUGAUGUUCAGAGCUACUACUCGCGCAGGGACAGAGGCAGCAGCAACGUCUGGAACAGACAAGAGGAGGAUCAAAGUGUGCCUGGUGCCUCGAAACAAGCAGAUCCCCCUCAGAAUGAACCAAAGGCCCCACUAUCCACUGAGGCUGUCCCCCAACCCUUGCCUGCCCUGAUGCCCCAUCAGUUGGGCAUGGUAGGGGUCCUCCGUUACCCCAUGGCACCUUUGGUUCCCAGAGCUCCUGCUCCAGGCCUGCAGCCUGCUCAGUUUGGCAUGCCUCCUCCUGUAUCAGUACAUCUGCACCCAGCUGGACCUCUCCUUCAGGUCCCAUCCAUUGCUGUACAGGGGCUACCACCGCCACCCCCACCGCCUCCACCUGUGCAACAGGGGGGCUUCAUUGCACCCAACGAAGGCCACAUGCCACAGCAGAUGAUGCCUAACUUCUCGGCCCCAGGCAAACCUUCUUUCAAACCCAUGCCAACCAAAGUGGGUGCAUCCCUGCAUCACCCCACAGGGACGCUCAGUAUUGCCCAGCCAUCGUCUACCACCCCCCAGACCACCUCUCAUAGUAAGGCCCAUGCUGACAGUUCAAAGAAAGAGAAGAAGUUGCAGAUUCAGGAGCGUGCCGUCAAUGAGGUCAAAGCAGCAAUUAAGCCAUAUUAUCAAAAGAAUGAAAUCAACAAAGAGGAAUAUAAAGAGAUUGUACGCAAAGCUGUGGAAAAGGUGUGCCACAGCAAGAGUGGAGAGGUGAACUCUGAUAAGGUGGCCAACCUGGUGAAGGCGUACGUGGACAAAUACAAACGCAUUCGCAAAAACAAAUCAGAGAAGAGCUGAGACUUGCUGCUCUGCUGAAUGCACAAGUGCAAUUUCAGGUGUCACUGACUGGAGCUCUUCUUAACAUAUUUACAUACAAGAAUGAAGAUUUUUCUAGAGAUGACAUAUUUUGUUUAAUUUGGAUUUGAUAUAGUGCAAAUGCCCUUUAUUGGAUUGUGUCUCAUGGGUUUGUGUGUGGGGGGGGGUUAUGAGCUGUAAAAUGGGGUGGGUUAAGGGUUUGUAAUGUUGUUGCUUUAAUUUCAGUUUGCUUUUAAGUUUAUAGUAGCAAAAAAUGAAUAAUGAAAGCAGUGAUAUGAUUCGAGCGGUACUACUGGACUUGCCCUUUCUGUCUAUCUCUCUCUCUCUCUCUCUUUCUCAGUAGUCUUAUGGACCGCAUCAUAAGGUGUUGAUUUUCCCUUUAGAAUCAUCAAAACAAUCUGGAAUAUAUGUGCGUUAGCUUUAUUAUGCCCUGCAGAUCCCUGAAUGUGUGUGCAUUUGAAUGUCAGUGUGCGAUUAAAUCAUAAUCUUGUGUGAAACACGGGUAGUUUGUCUUUGAGCUAAGAUGAUUUUUGUCAUAUUCAGGUAAAAGUCCUUACUCUGUUCAUGCAGUUCAAUCACUGUGUAUGUUUAUACCCUCCUUAAAUAAACCAGCUCUCUCUA